AUGAACGACGACGGCAUUCGUGUUCCAGAUGUGCCGCUGGCUCGUUGUGAAGACGAUAUUGACAGCAAUCGGAACAGUCAACCUGACGAAUCGAGUGCAGCGUGCAGUGUGAGUGACGAGUCGGCUCUGGAUGGAGAUCUCUCUGGCUCACUCGAGGAUCUUGUCGGGAAUCUCGAUCAGAAAAUCGUCAGAUGUCUCAAAGAUUUGGGUGAGAAAACCGAGGAUAUCGCGCCGGUGCAGGUCCGCUCACAGGAUGAAGUGAUGGCCGAAAGCCAAAUCUGGUGGACGCUGACCGGCAACUUUGGCACGAUGAUGCCGCUCGACUUUCAGAAUUCGCAGAUUCGGCGAAAUAUGGUCUCCGGGUUGGGAUUGAGGGGAAAAAGUGGAUCGCCGGGCGAAGACAAUGGAGUUGAUCUCUCUGACGAGGAUGAGUUGAGACAUCAAAUGGACAUGCACACAUUGGCUGCACAUGGACUCCCCUUUGCCGGUGACUCUCCUCCGCAAACAGCCGAUCAAGUGAUUGAGGAGAUCGAUGAAAUGCUGCAGUCCUGUGACCUAUCCGGUUCGAUGAUGACGGAUCGGACGAUGGAGAGCGUCGACUCAAUGUACUCCUCAUUGCGAAGUCCUUUCCCGUCAGCGCUCACACAGAAUGAACUCGAGAUUCGACAACGACAUGCACAACUCGCAAAUCCUGAUGACCUCGAGGCGCUGAGCUAUUCGAAAUUGAUCACUCUGCACGCCGAAAUGGAACAAUUGAUACAGCUCUACAACGAGAGCUUGGUCGAAGAGUUGGCACACCGAGAUGAGCUCGAAUAUGAGAAGGAGAUGAAGAAUUCGUUUAUUUCUUUAUUACUGUCAAUUCAAAACAAGAGAAGGCAAUUCUUGAAUGAACGGAAAAGAAAAGGAGGGAAAAUCGAUCCAGCAACACUGCCACAGUACAUGACAGCCUCAAUCCCGUUCAACGAGGGAAUCCCGCCCGAUAACGCCACGCUGGCCUCGUUGAUUAAAAUUUUGAAAGCAAUCAACGAGGACAGUCCCGCCGUGCCAUCAAUGCUUACUGAAUAUAUCCUGACAGUUGUCUGCCCGUCACCAAAAAUGGCGUCAUCGAUCGUUUGC